AUGCCUGGCCUAUUCUCGCGGUUCCGGAGCCGCGAUGGCUCCAAGAAGUCGAAAAAGAACAACCUAGACGAUCUCGCGAACCAGCUCUCGGUUAAGAAAUGGGACGAUGCGUCAACCCGCAAGACUGUUGAGCCGGAGGAGAUCCAAGAGCUCAUCCGUCGUUGCACAGAGGAACUCAAGAGCAGAGCACUUAACCUGCCAUUCCUUCUCCUGCCAUUCAGACCAGCCUCCGAUCCCAGUGCUGUCCGGACUUUUAUCCGCCACUUCUUCGACCAAAAUAUGCGAGGAGAAAGCCUCGCCCAGGAGCUUCGCAUGACAGAGCCCAUGGUCCUUUCCGGAAUCGUCAAAUGGUGUUGGAGUAGACUACAGGGUGGCGUGGUUGGCUGGGAUGCGUAUGAACUGUUCAAAGUUGGGGAGCAAGACUCGAACUUCGCCCGCGAUUCGUUCAAGACAUUCAUCCCACUUAGUGUAGAUAAUGGGGCAAAGUCUUGCAUUAUUUUCGACUUCUUCGACCUGAUGUCUGCUAUAGCAGCGCAUGGCAAAUCUAACGGCUUUGGCGGCCGAAAACUGUCUCGCUUAGCAGCGUGGUGGGCAUUCGAGCAGAAGGACACCACGAGUGGCUUUGACGGAGGCUACAAGGCCUGGAUUAGUGCUGCGGACGCCACAAGCCAUCUGUUCUUUGCUUACUUGCGAUCUCUCUCGCCCACAACGCCUAAUGCUGGUAUCACGAUGCUGCCUAUGUCGCUACAGAAACUUCUCCAAGAGACCGAAUACCCUCCUCAGCGGCCAUCGCUCAUGCAAACAACCACGAACAAGGUUCUCAUGCACGUUGAUGCGGUAUCGCCCACCCCAUUCGCGCUCUUACGCCGAGCAAACCACUUCCACUACCGCGAUGACGAUAGAGGCCUAAGCGAGUACUCCGAGUACGAAGAUCCCGUGCGCGCCUUAACCGAAGAAUGCAAGCGAGUCCUUAAGGCGAUCUCUUCGACAAACCAGUCCCAAGUAUCAAGUUCUAAGCAUUCGACUAGCUUGCGAGACGCUUCUUGGUCGCGAUUCGAGGACAUUGGCUUCUCGAGCACUUUGGAGGAAGAGGAGGAGGAUGAGGAUGGCCUUGCUCGCAAACCUAUUGGUCUACGGUCGGCCCCAGCAUCAGAUAACGGAUUGGGGCGGCCAACAACGCCGUCUUGGGCAGAUUUCCUCUCAACCGGAUUUGUCGAUGAUGGACCGGGAAGCCCUACAAAUACCCUGCUUCCUCCCGACAAGGUUCUCCCACCCAUCGAGACGGCUGUGCGCCAGCGUAGCUCCCAGUCCCAUCGGCCCAGACUUGAGUCUGAUCGCCAGAUUGAGCCCGGCGAGCUAGCAAGCAUCACCAAAUUUGACCUUGACGAUGCCUUUUGGUGGGCCACCUUUGGUAGAUGUGCCGUCGUUGAAACCAAUAUUCGAUCAGCCAAGUGGCUCGUCAUGGAAGAGAUGGUGGUAGGCGCGGCCCCCGAGCCUCUUGCUGGUGCGUAUAUUGCGGAGAAGAAACGGGGCUUUUUCAGCUGGACACGUCGAGGAAAGGGCAUCAACCGCAGGAAGUCAACUGGAAAACAGGCGCUUGAUCGUGGGGAUAAGCAGUUUCAGAACCACCUCGGCCUUAGCAAGACCAGUAUUGGGCCAGACCAACAUGCCCGCAUCCAGGCCGCGGCUGCCCAGCUUCAGGCCAAGGAGAGGCAGACGGCAAACAUAGCGGAGCGUCGGGGCAGGACAGAUGCGGCCUCUCAGGAGAAAACAACUAGCAUCAUGACUCUUCAGCCGGCUAUUCUCAGCGAAGCCUCACAUGCGAUGAAAUGGGCUAGCAAGUACGACAAGGAGGCGACCCGCAAUGCAUACCUCGCAGAUCCUAGCGCAGGCCGUGGUGGUGAGAGAGCUUUCUCGAUGCAAAACGAGCAUACCAAUGGGAUGGCAUCUCCUGUGCCCCAAGUAGCUGUGGAGCGUGCUAGGUCGCCCGACAAUGAACCAAUCUUUUCCGAGAAGGCUCUUGAGGCACCAGCCGACCUUCACCCUGCAGAGCGGGCCGGGCGCAGCUCGCCUGUACCCUCCAAAGGAUAUUGCUCCGGGAGCAGCCCAGAGAGCAAGAAGCACAAGAAACUUCAGAAGGAGAAGGCACCUGCACCUGCACCGGCACCUAUCACCGCCACGCCGGCGUUCAAGAAGCUCUUUGGAAGGAAGAAUCGGUCUUCGAAGGUUCCGGACAAUGCCGCUGCCGACCUCAACGGCAUGCUUGAGAGAGAUCAGGCUUCUCCCUCGCCGACCCCUGAUGCUAGGUCGCCCUUGGCGGCUGCUGCCCCUGCACGUGCACCUGCUCCCGCGCCCAAGCCCGCCCCGGCUGCUGUAGCUGCGCCCGUGGCAGCUCCCGCGCCGGUUGUUGCCCCUCCGAGCGUGCCAGUCAAGGACGUGGCUGCCACCAACGCCGAACCUACUUAUGCGCCAUCCAUUAGCGAAGCGUCAGAGCCCAACGCCGAGGAUGUGGCCGAUGCGAAGAGGGAGUUCUCCCGAUUUGACCAAGGCCCACUCACGGAGCAGCCGGCCUUUGUUGCCGAUGAUAGCGACUCGGACGAUGCGGUCCCUCCCCCAAUUGCACGACACGCCCGCUCUCCCUCGCCCCCGAGUCCCCCAGCCAUUGACCGCUGGGCCCAGAUCCGCAAGAAUGCCGCGGAGCGUGCGGCUCAGAAGGGAAUGGUGAACUCGUCUUCUCCUACUUCCGGGAAGCAUGAGGUGGAAGAUGAUACUAGCGGUGAAGAGACAAUCGAAUCGCGUGUUGCGCGCAUCAAGGCCCGCGUUGCUGAACUUACGGGCAAUAUGGAAGGGGUCAGCGGACCGGAAAGCCGCCCAGCACCGCGCCCGUAUUAA